AUGCGAACAACAGAUAGGGUUCUCUUAUCGUUGCGCACGCUUAGCGAAUGCGCUCUGGAUGGUAACACUUUCACACUACACGAACGCCCGGCUCCAGAGUCUAAGCGUGAUAAGUCCUACGUUGAUGCGGGACUGGGUGAUCCCAAUGACAUUCCAUCCCGAUGGCACCAUGGCCCUGGUCAACUAAACGUGUUCCUUGCCAGUCUUGAUCUACUGGUUAUCACUCUGCCCCUUACCUCGCUAACCCUGGGCAUGAUCGCUUGCGAACAGUUCCAAGCUCUCGGGAAGCGGAACGCCUUGGUCAGCCACGUUGGACGGGGUCCAAUUGUAAAUACUGAUGACCUCGUUGCUGCUUUGAAUAGCAGCACAAUCAGAGGAGCCGCGGUUGAUGUCAGACCCUGA